CUUUCGAAAUGGAAGGAAACUGGGUGUGCAUUAGUAGUCUGAACUGCAUCCGGCUAAUAAAUGACGGCGAUCUGCUUCAGAAGAGCGACCUCAUAGCAGCGUCAUCACGUGACAGGCGCAGCUUAACACCGACCCACUGCACAUUUCACUUUCAUUUCUUUGGCUGAUAAAUUCGCUCAGCCUGAAGAUGGAUGCUAUUCCAAUAUUUUCUCAGGUGAAAUCACUGGUUCAGGUGAUUUCAGGUGACCGUAAGGGUGCAGAGGCGACGCAGAAGAACUUUCUGAAGCUAUGCCCAGGUGUCUCCCAAGGGACAUCUCUAGUUCAGGCUUUAUCAGGAGAUAACGAGGGAGCCAAAGAAACUCAGAAGCAGUUCUUGAAAGGAAUGAAUGGUGCAGUCGAUUCCUUGCCAGUUGUGGGACAUGUGAAAGGAACUGUCCAUUACAUUUGUGGAGACAAAGAAGGAGGUCAUAAUGCUAUGAAGGCUGCCACUCGCACAACAGGGGUCAUGGCUGGAGGGGUUGGGGGAUUCUUAGUAGGUGGCCCAGUUGGAGCAACAGUAGGUGGCAUGAUGGGAGGUUUAGCAAUGGACGAUGCUAUUACCUGUGCUGAUAUAAUUGCAAAUGGAAAAAACGCCAAACCUUAUGGCCUUCUUGGAAAUAUAGAACAGAUCAUUGAGGAUCCAAACAAUGCUGGAAAUUAUGUAGAUUUGGUUGGCAACGUUACAUUAGAUGGUAUAACUGGAUAUGUCGCUGGGCAAGGCUUAGGGAAAAAGAUAAAAUGCAAAUUAGAAGAAAAGAAACUUCAAAAAAUGGUAGGUAAUGCUGCUGCAGAACAAAUUAUGGAUGCAGGUGAAUCAAUGACUGAGAUUCACUCCUCCACUGAUAUAAAAAAUAACAAACCUCAUGUUCUCACCGUUGCUGAAGAUCUCCAAACGGGAAAGAAAUACAAAGGGCACAAUGUGCAAAUUCGUAAAGUCCUCAAAAAUAACAAGAAGAUGUGCAAUGGACCAACUGAAUUGCAAAAGAGAGUACCUAAUGCCAAAGCUCCUCUAAAAAGGCAUGCUGCCUCAUGUGCCGAGCAGCAGGCCUAUAAUCACCUGUAUAAAGAUCGAGUGAAUGUAGCACCAGGUGAAAUCAGAAGUGUCAGUGUCAAAAUGAGCAAAACGUUAAAAAGACCAGUCACCGUACAGCGAUGUGAUAAUUGCAAAGUAUUUUCUUCAGCAAUGGGGUCAGUUCCCACUGAUCUCAUUGUUGAAAUCCCAGUACCAAAACGCAUGAGCUGGUCUAAGGUGUGUGUAAGCACCGGAGUUGGAUGUGGGAUACGCGCUCUGGCUCAUAAGUCAAAGCAGUAAUAUCCAGACUUUUCGAUUUUUCUUCUCUCUUAAGAAGUCUGUGUGAGCUUGAAAAAUACCAGUCUCUUAGUCUCUACCUCCUUGGUGGCAUGCACUGCCACAAGGACUUUUACAAGUGCACCACAAAUUGUGCCUAUAGUGAUGAAAACAAAAAAGGAACAUUCCUGCAAUGAACACUUAAUAUUGAUAAACUAGGAUGUGAAAUAAAAUUGGAGAAUAACAUUAUAUGAGAAACAUAAAAAAUUGGAAAAAAAUAAAGCCAAUUCAAGGGCUAGAACGAAUGUUGCUGUUAAAAUCUUAAUUACGAGAGGGAGUCAAGCUAAAGUUAGAAAAUGGGAUUUAUUAAAAAAUGGAUCGCACCUUAACAAAACUGAUCAUGUCA